AUGGCUCAAGCAACCCCCACCUUCACACCGGACAGUGAAUUCGCCGAGCUCGAGACCCCUCAGGACACAAAGGGUGGAAGCCUCUCAAUUACUGCAUUAGCCCGGUUUGAAUUUGAAGCGGGCAAAGGAAAUGAUGGCACUAAAAUCUUGAUGAUUGAAUGGGAGGACGACGAUCUCACUCGAUCCAUGGCCGAUGGGUCGUGGCACGUCUCCUGGGCUGGAAAGACUUCGGUGCUACCCGCCGAUGACCGACCUAGUGAUAGCCUACGUCGCUUCUACUUCUUACUUCCCCCCAAUUCCACUAUUCCUCCUGUCGUCACCGUCCACUACGAGCCGCGGUCAGCCCAGUCAGACGAGACAGAUUCAAACGCCCCUCCACCCAAGCCGCGAGAUACCCUCAGACUCAACCCCCUCCCCGCUAUAUUCCCCCCCGAAUUGGGCGCGACAGGACGUGCGGCAGGAAAGAAAGGCGUUUUGCAUACAAUCUGGGCAAAGAAGCGCCUGCGCGUUUUGGAACAGGAGAUCGAGGCCGAGUCCCGCAACAAUGUGGAGGGAAUUGCGCUGCACAUGGCCCUCAGCGAGAAGGAAUGGAUUGAGGAGAAUUUCGGCCUGACCACGCGCGCCGUCGACUCCGUGUCCAGCAGCCAUGAAUCCUCCGUUUACCCCACAGGGCCCGCGACUCCCGUGUCACCCAUCAGCGGAAGGAAGCUGACCGACAAGCUUAAAGGCUUGAAACUGCAAACAAGUGAGAAGGACCUGUCGGCGAAUGGAGGCUCGUGUCGUGAUACUGCCCAUCUUCUUUCGCCUCAAUCCCCCGAUGUUGCCGUGUCGUUCCGCUCGUUCCGUGACGUCGCUCAUAGACACAUUCACUCCAUGCCAACGCCAGAUACCAACCCCACCCCAACACCAGACUCUCACAUCAAUCCCUCUGGCCCCGAAUCACUCAAGCCGGUUGCGGUCUUCCCACCCUCAGAUUUACAGGAGGCUCAGCAAAACAGUGGUCCCACUGGAUUCUCAGCGAUGGUUGGAAUCUCACGCACCGCGAGCAAUGAUUCCGGCGAGGAAUUGUUCGCCAAAGCCUUGAGCCCACGCUCACCUGAUCUGCCCCGGAGCCCAUUCUCGUUCUGUUGA